ACGGAGAACUUGAACGGUUUCCGCACAAAGUCUGCGCUGAAUGACAAAUGUCUGCGCGUCGUGAGCGCACCCUCUGUGUUUCUGUUGUUUAUUUUGAGGGAGUGGGGCUGUUUUGCGAAAGAGAAUUUUGUAUUCGAGUUGCUAUGCAGCGUAAGUAAGUAAUUUAUACUUCAUUGCAAUAUGAAGAAUGGAAGAAGACGAUGUGACCAUCACCGUCAGGGAGCAGAAUUUCCACAGCCAAGUCCGAGAAUACAUUAUUUGUUUCCUACUUUUUGCAGUCCUCUACUUCGUUUCAUACUUCAUUAUCACCAGAUACAAGAGGAGAUCUGAUGAUCAUGAAGAUGAAGAUGCCAUUGUCAACCGAAUAUCGCUUUGCUUGUGCACCUUCACUCUGGCUGUUUCAGCUGGGGCAGUGCUGCUUCUGCCAUUUUCAAUUGUCAGCAAUGAGAUCCUGCUGUCCUUCCCUAAAAACUACUAUAUCCAGUGGCUUAAUGGCUCACUGAUCCAUGGCCUGUGGAAUCUGGUGUCCCUGUUCUCUAACCUCUGCCUGUUCAUGCUCAUGCCCUUUGCCUAUUUCUUUCUGGAGUCGGAAGGGUUUGCUGGAUCAAAAAAGGGCAUUAAAGCUCGAGUCCUGGAAACAUUUGUGAUGCUUAUACUGCUGGGGUUGCUUAUUCUGGGAAUAGUUUGGGUAGCGUCGGCUCUUAUAGACAACGAUGCAGCUAGUAUGGAAUCCUUGUAUGAUCUUUGGGAGUUCUACUUACCUUAUUUGUAUUCCUGUAUUUCUUUAAUGGGGGGUUUGCUGCUUCUUUUAUGCACACCUGUGGGCCUUUCCAGGAUGUUUACAGUCAUGGGACAGCUGCUGGUAAAGCCAUCAAUUCUGGAAGACCUGGAUGAGCAGAUUUACUGCAUCCAUUUACAAGAGGAAGCACUUCAAAGGAGAUUAAACGGGGUGACCUCACAUUUCCAAUACAACCCAGUAGAUCUGCAACAGGAGCUGGACAGCGUAAGAAGCAUGAAAAAUAAACUGGAAAGGCGGAAGAAAGCUUCCGCAUGGGAGAAGAAUUUGGUGUAUCCUGUUGUCAUGUUAAUACUCUUGGCUGGAACAACCAUUUCAGUCCUUCUGGUUGUGUUCAACAUCCUCUAUUUGUUAGUUGAUGAAACUGCAAUGCCAAGGGGAUCAAAGGAGCGGGGAAUAGGAAGUGCUUCCUUGUCCACGUUUGGUUUUGUGGGAGCAGCACUUGAAAUCGUCCUGAUUUUCUAUCUAAUGGUGUCUUCUGUCGUGGGCUUCUAUAGCCUGCGCGUCUUUGAGGAGCUCACGCCCAGGAAAGAUGACACAACCAUGACAACGAUCAUUGGCUGCUGUGUGUCUAUCCUUGUGUUGAGUUCUGCAUUGCCAGUUAUGUCAAGAACCUUGGGUAUAACAAGGUUUGAUCUCCUGGGUGACUUUGGGAGAUUCAAUUGGUUGGGAAAUUUCUACAUCGUCUUGUCUUACAACAUUCUGUUUGCUGUUGUGACGACACUGUGUCUGGUCAGAAAGUUUACCUCAGCUGUGCGGGAAGAGCUUCUGAAGGCAUUAGGUCUAGAUAAAUUACACCUAUCAAAUAACACAAGGGAACCGGAAAAGCAUUCUGCAAACGGGCAUCAGAAAUCACUGUGAAAAUACGACCAGUAAAUAACCAACAAGGCCUGAAUGUGAGAAGGGAAAGCUUCCAUCUCAUGACAUUACAUAGAUUUUUUUAUUCCCCCCACAAGUACAAUUGUGUCUAGGAAACCUGAGCCUGUUCAGUAAGUAUAUUGCCAGUAGUAGUGAGCAGAUUCCUCCCUGAUUCCAGAGGGCCACUAAUCCUGUAGAAAGUGGCUCAAUUGACAGAUCCACACCCACUGCAAGAUAUGAGUCUGUGCAGUCUGCAGGAUCUGCACGAGCCCUGGGGACGGGGGCAAUGGAUUGCAACCCCAGCAGAUAACCUACAUCUUUUUUUCCCUAUUAGAUCAUAGGCUUUUUUUAACAAACAAGAUGGGGGACUUCUUCAGAUAAUCUUCUUGAAAUUUAUUCAUCAACAGAUAUUGGAGGUUGCCAAAGACAAUCGUUAAUCAAUUUUCAGUGGCAGCUUGACACUUUUUUUUUUUUUUUUUUUUUUUUUAGGUCAAUUUGCAUUUGUUUUACACUGAGAUGAAAAUACAU